AUGGAUAUUUGCUCAGCUCAACAGCACCAGUUGCUGCCUCCCCAGCAACAGCCGCAAAACAGGCAGUCGCAUCAGCGACAGUAUCACCAGCAAGACCAACAGGAGCGGUGUCACCAGCGUAGCCAGCAGCAGCAACAUCAGCAGGAGAUGCAAGAGGGGCUGCAUCAAGUCCCCGCUGUGCAGAAAGAGGCGGUUUCCUUCGCUCACCGAGCGGCAAGUCUGCCUCCCUCUAUCAGGCAGACAUCUUCCCGCAUUUCAGUGCAGACUAUUCCAAAUCAUAUCCAGCAGCAGCAGCCCCACCAAUUUCAGCAGCAGCAUCAUCCGACCUUGCAGCAACAAUAUCAUACCAAUCAGCGUCUUCAGCAGCCACAACAGCCACAGCAGCUUCAGCAGCAGCAGCCCCCGCAACUGAAGCAGCCGACUGGAAGCGGGACUCCUGUGAGGCCUUCCCACACAGGACAGCAGCAGCAGUUACACGCUGAACAACACAGACAAAGGAUUGUAGAGGGCCAAGGGCUGGAUGCCGUGGGUCUGCAUUAUUGUCCCAGUGCAGCAGGAGCAGCAUCACGCUACACUGACGCCUCGCGAGGACCACCCAGCUGCUCGAACAACCCGCUGUACCCUUCGUAUCCGCUGUCAGGGGCAGCACCUUCAUCGCUGCCGCAGCCGUGGCAGCAGCAGCACCAGCAGUGGCUCCAGCAGCAAUGGCUGCACCAGCAGUGGCAGCAGCAACAGCAGGCGAUGCAGAUGCAACAGCAAAUGAGGAAUGUAUUGCCAGCACCUGCGUAUUCUGACCCUGUAAAGUUAAAUACUACACUCCUCCGCCCAACCCAACUGCUGCCAAUGAGGCUCCUUGGCGAUCUCCGGUUGUAUGUACCUCACCGCGAGCCCUUUUUGGGCGAAGGAGGAAGCGUGCACAUGUACCUCCUGGGCAAGCAGGUGAAGCACUCCGUGGCUACAGAUGAGGCGGAUGAAUGCACGCGAGAUGUCAUGGCCCUCAUCGAGGCGAGGGAGGUGCCAGCAGACAGCACCAUGCCUCUGCUCAUACACGACGGUCGUGUCGUUUGCGGAGGACCUGAGGUCUGUCUUCGGUACCUGGCGAAAAAAUUGGGCCAAUAUGGCAUCGAUCACAUGAAAGAUGCACUGCAAGACCGGCUGCUCAUGGACCUUAAUACUUGGUUUAAUGUACAACAAGCCGCAAUCCAGUCCAUCCUUUCUCCAGACUCCAUGGCUAAAGAUGCGAUCUGCGACUACGUAAAGAGCCGACGCCAUUUUUACUUAGAGGCGGAGAAGUUGCUGGCAUUUUUUAACAGCAAGUUUGCUUUCACGCCACAGUCCAGCGUCGACGCAUCGUUAAGGGCCCCAAUGGUCAGCCUAGACGCCUCCAUCAGGGGGCCAGUGGUCAGCAGAUUGCAGCCUUUUUUUCUUGGCGAGGAAGAUUCCCUCGCUGACUACUUCUUAUUUUCCCUGAUCGAUGACGAUCAGCGAAUUGCUGAGUGCCUCAUCAGCAGCGGCAGCACUGAAGAGACCAUUAACGGAGACCAGCAGAAGGAGCAAUCACACCCAGAGAAUGUGGGAGUAGAGAUGCAUUACUUCAAAGAAACCCCCCAGCUCCAUGCCCUCUAUGUAGCUCUGCUAAAUCUACCCCUCAUACAGGAGGCACUUCUGUCCAGCGACGGGCAGGGAACAGCCUCAAUAUUAGCAGCAGGAAUGGAAGCGGCACAGGAGGAGGGAUGUCCCGGUGCUUCAAGGGAGACAAAGGACAGGCCAGCACCAUGCAUAGCUACUGAGGCAUCAACAACUGUGUCUGCCAGUGACUCCCCUCUGCAACACCUGCAGCGGCAGCAGCUUCUCAUGCAGCAGCAACAACAGAUGAAACAGUUACAGCAAAUGGGUGAGUCCGGGUGCAUGAACCAAAUGUGGUGCUAA